AUGGCUCGCAAAUUGAAGGGACGCCAAAUCGUUGGAAAGGGUCUCAAGGGUGCACUCCAGCACCAUAUUGUGAAAGAAAAGUUCCAACAGGAGCGUCAAAAAUCAUUGACACUGGAGAAAGAAAGAAGAGAGAAUAAGUCCAAGUCUAUUAAAGGUGGAGGUAAGCAAAAGAAGCAACACCAACCACAGCAGCAGAGAACAUUCAUUCCUUUCGAUCAGAAAGAUACCCUUCUACUUGUUGGUGAAGGAGAUUUUUCAUUCGCUUGUUCCAUCGUCAGACAAGCACUUAUCGAUCCUGCCAACCUCAUAGCUACCAGUUACGAUUCCAAAGAUGAGCUCAUUGAGAAGUAUCCAACGGUCGAGGAUAACCUCAAGUAUCUUCAUGACGAAGGUGUCCAAGUGAUCCAUGACGUUGAUGCCACUAAUAUGGUGCAUUCGUUCAAACUUCCUACAAACGCCAAAAAGGGUAGUGCAAAGUUGUUUACUCCACACAAGAAGCUCAACUACGUAAUGUUCAAUUUCCCACACACUGGUCGUGGAAUGAAGGAUAUGGAUAGAAACGUAAGAGACCAUCAAAAGUUGGUUUUGGGCUACUUUAAAAGUGCCAAACAACUUCUAUCUUUGGUAAAUGAUGACACUAAGAAUGCACUUGGAGGCUACGAAGACAUCCAGCCGAACAACAAUCAAAAAAUCAUUCUCUCUCUUUUUGAAGGUGAGCCAUAUAUAUCUUGGGGAGUCAAGGCACUUGCCAGAAGUGAAGACUAUCAAGUUGAACGUUCUGGAGCGUUCAAUUGGGGUGCUUUCGAAGGUUAUCACCACAAGAGAACCAAUGGAAUUAGAGACACAACCAAGCCAGCCGCUGAGAGAGACGCUCGAAUCUACGUGUUCAACAAGGCACUCACAAAGGAGGAGAGGGAACAAGAGGCCAAAAAGAAAAAGUCCAAGGACAGUGAUGAUGAAGAUUGA